GUUGAGCGGACCAAUCAGCGAGCGCCUGGCUAAAACCCAGUCGCGCAAGUGCAAAAUGGCAGCAGGGCGCACAGCGGUGCUCGUCCUCGUCUCGCUGAGUCUCGCGACGACGGACGCCUUCUCGACGUACCGGCUGCGCAUCCCGAACGGCCUCAGCGUCGAAGGCUUUGCGGCUGUCGGGCACGUCAACAAGGUCGGCGGCGGCCAGCCGACGCAGUUUGGCAUCGACUUCGAGCGGGCCGGCGGGCGCUGGAACGCUGCGCUGUGCGCUCUCGACUCGGACGGCGACGGCGCCACGAACGGCGAAGAGCUCGGGGACCCGUGUUGCGAGUGGCGCGUCGGCCUCCCCGUGCGACCCAACCCGAGAUCGCCAGGACAUCCCGAUGCGUUUACGGCUUCGGAGCUUGCGGCGAUGAAGUGCACGCCGUCCACGGCCAAGACGCCGCUGCCCAAUGCGCCUGCAUCCACCGACGGGUCGGACGCCAAAGAUCUCUAGUCCUGCGCUAGUAUGAUCGUCGGUGCCAUACGCCCUGUCCAUCAUGUUGUCCUCGUCGACUUGUAAGAUUCUUGAUUGCCGUGU